AUGAAGGUUGCCUUCAAGUUGGCUUUAGCUGCCCUGGUGGCAGCAGGCUGUCUUGCGCAAGAAAACAAUGCUGGAAAACCCACGGGACCUGCUGAAGGAAUCCCAGACGAUCUGAAGGAUCCCAAAGGCCCUACCCAUGGAAUCACCCCGGACAUGAAGGCUGCUAUUGUACACUUUGAGGGCGACACCUGUGAUGACAAGAAGAAACAAGACAUCAUGGAUGAAAUGCAACAUGCCGUGGACAUGGCCCUCCGCGCCCAAGAGUUUCUUACCGAGGGAAACUAUUAUGAUCACUUCUUCGCCAAAGGACUCAGGGAAAAAGAGGGCUUCGAAGACGAUAUCCGUGAAACCUAUCGCCGCAUAGCAGACUGCAAGUCAACCCUGGUUCCUAGCCCCUUAUUCUCCAUGUGCUCAAUGAUCUGA